AUGUCGGAGGAGCAUUUUGGCGGGGACGGGGCGGCGGCGGCAGCGGCCCCGGAGGCGGGCGGCGGCGCGGCUGCUGCGGCGGCGACGGAGCAGGAGGGAACCAUGGCGGCGACGGCGGCGGCGGCAGCGGCAGUAGCGACAGCAGCGCCAGCCGCCCCAGCAGCAGCGCCGGUGACGGGCGCCGGGUGGGGGGCGGCCGCCGCAGCAGUGGAGCCUCGCGGGACCCCCUACCCGGAGCCCCGCGGGGGCGCGGCCGGGCCAUGUGCUCGGGAGCCGCGCCCCCGACCAGGCCCCGCUGAGGCCUUUUUUAAAAGUUUGGCGGGCGGCACCCUGGGCAUGUCCGCUAGCCAUUCAAACUCCUCCCCACGGCACUCUGAAGCAGCGACGGCACAGCGGGAAGAAUGGAAAAUGUUUAUAGGAGGCCUUAGCUGGGACACUACAAAGAAAGAUCUGAAGGACUACUUUUCCAAAUUUGGUGAAGUUGUAGACUGCACUCUGAAGUUAGAUCCAAUCACAGGGCGAUCAAGGGGUUUUGGCUUUGUACUAUUUAAAGAAUCGGAGAGUGUAGAUAAGGUCAUGGACCAGAAAGAACACAAAUUGAAUGGCAAAGUGAUUGAUCCUAAACGGGCCAAAGCCAUGAAAACAAAAGAACCUGUUAAAAAAAUUUUUGUUGGUGGCCUUUCUCCAGAUACACCUGAAGAGAAAAUAAGAGAGUACUUUGGUGGUUUUGGUGAGGUGGAAUCUAUAGAGCUCCCCAUGGACAACAAGACCAACAAGAGGCGUGGAUUCUGCUUUAUUACUUUUAAGGAAGAAGAACCAGUGAAGAAAAUAAUGGAAAAGAAAUAUCACAACGUUGGUCUUAGUAAAUGUGAAAUAAAAGUAGCCAUGUCAAAGGAACAAUAUCAGCAACAACAGCAGUGGGGUUCCAGAGGAGGAUUUGCAGGAAGAGCUCGUGGAAGAGGUGGUGGCCCCAGUCAAAACUGGAACCAGGGAUAUAGUAACUAUUGGAAUCAAGGCUAUGGCAACUAUGGAUAUAACAGCCAAGGUUACGGUGGUUAUGGAGGAUAUGACUACACUGGUUACAACAACUACUAUGGAUAUGGUGAUUAUAGCAACCAGCAGAGUGGUUAUGGGAAAGUGUCCAGGCGAGGCGGUCAUCAAAAUAGCUACAAACCAUACUAAAUUAUUCCAUUUGCAACCUCUCCCCAACAGCGGGAACUUCCUUGCAGGCCCUGUGUCGCGCUGACUUCACGAUUCUCACAGGCCCGCUCAAUGCGGACAGGGUACGAGAUGCUCACGCUCUCGAAUGCUGCCGUUUGGUGGAGAUGCAGUAUUUUCCGAUUUGAAGAUUCAUUUGAAGGUGGCUCGUGCCACUUGCUAAUAGCAGUUCAAACUAAAUUUUUUUGUAUCAAGUCCCUGAAUGGAAGUAUGACGUUGGGUCCCUCUGAAGUUUAAUUCUGAGUUCUCAUUAAAAAACAAAAUUUGAUUUAAUUGUUUUAUUUCUUAAUUGCUAUGCUUCAGAAUGAAUUUGUGUUUUAUGCCCCUCCCCCAGUAUUGUAGAGCAAGUCUUGUGUUAAAAGCCCAGUGUGACCGUGUCAUGAUGUAGUAGUGUCUUACUGGUUUUUUAAUAAAUCCUUUUGUAUAAAAA